UUCAUUAUAAAUCUAGAGACUCCAGGAUUUUAACGUUCUACUGGACUGAGCUGGUUGCCUCCUGUUAUUGUGUAGGCGACUCACUUUAUCCUGACUUCUUGAUACUUCUGCUUCUGGAGGUCAUAUUUCUCUAACAUCUUCCAGAAAAGUCUUAAAGCUGCCUUAACCUUUUUUCCAGUCCACCUCUUACAUUUUUUUCUCCUCUUCCUCAAUACUAACAUGAGUGUGGAUCCAGCUUGUCCCCAAAGCUUGCCUUGCUUGGAAGCAUCCGACAGUAAAGAAUCUUCACCUAUGCCUGUGAUUUGUGGGCCUGAAGAAAACUAUCCAUCCUUGCAAAUGUCUUCUGCUGAGAUGCCUCACACGGAGACUGUCUCUCCUCUUCCUUCCUCCAUGGAUCUGCUUAUUCAGGACAGCCCCGAUUCUUCCACCAGUCCCAAAGGCAAACAACCUACUGCUGCAGAGAAUAGUGCCACAAAAAAGGAAGACAAGGUCCCGGUCAAGAAACAGAAGGCCAGAACUGUGUUCUCUUCCGCCCAGCUGUGUGUACUCAAUGAUAGAUUUCAGAGACAGAAAUACCUCAGCCUCCAGCAGAUGCAAGAACUUUCCAACAUCCUGAACCUCAGCUACAAACAGGUGAAGACCUGGUUCCAGAACCAGAGAAUGAAAUCUAAGAGGUGGCAGAAAAACAACUGGCCAAAGAAUAGCAAUGGUGUGACUCAGAAGGCCUCAGCACCUACCUACCCCAGCCUCUACUCUUCCUGCCACCAGGGAUGCCUGGUAAACCCGACUGGGAACCUUCCAAUGUGGAGCAACCAGACCUGGAACAAUUCAUCCUGGAGCAACCAGACCCAGAACAUCCAGUCCUGGAGCAACCACUCCUGGAACGCUCAGACCUGGUGCACCCAGUCCUGGAACAAUCAGGCCUGGAACAGUCCCUUCUCUAACUGUGGAGAGGAAUCUCUGCAGUCCUGCUUGCAGUUCCAGCCAAAUUCUCCUGCCAGUGACUUGGAGGCUGCCCUGGAAGCUGCUGGGGAAGGCCUUAAUGUAAUACAGCAGACGACUAGGUAUUUGAGUACUCCACAAACUGUGGAUUUACUCCUAAACUACUCCACGAACAUGCAACCUGAAGAUGUGUGAAGAUGAGUGAAAUUGAUAUUACUCAAUUUCAGUCUGGGCACUGGCUGAACCUUCCUCUUCCCUCCUCCCCUCCCUGAGAGGAUUUUUCUCACUUGGAAACCACGUGUUCCGGUUUCCAUUAUGCCUAUCCAGUCAGUUUGAUGGAGGGUGGAGUAUGGUUGGAGCCUAAUCAGAGAGGUUUCUUUUUUUCCUAUUGGAUCUUCCUGGAGAAAAGACAUUUUAAUAACUUUGGCUGCUAAGGACAACAUGAUAAAAGCUGUCUCUGGCUAUAGAUAAGUAGAUCUAAUACUAGUUUGGAUAUCUUUACAGUUUAGAAUCUAACCUCAAGAAUAAGAAAUACAAGUACAAAUUGGUGUGAUGAAGAUAUUCCUAUUGUUUGGGAUUGGGAGGCUUUGCUUAUUUUUUAAAAACCAUUGAGGUAAAGGGUUCAGUUGUAACAUACUUAAUUGAUUUCCUCACCCUCUUUGGCUCAGUUUUACUAUAUUCCCUAAUUUGUUGGUUAUGCUAAUCUUUGUAGAAAGAGGUCUUGUAUUUGCUGCAUCAUAAUGACAUUAGUACUACUUUAGUCGGUUUAAGUACAAAUGAAUCAAACAACUA